AUGUCUGCUGCACCACUUGGCAUGGCAACCGUGAUGAAGCCCCCGCAGCCUGUCAGACAAUAUAGUGUUAAAGUUAUCAAAGCAGACAUCAGUGGUAAGUAUCAUCAUAUUUUUUCCAUGAAAUUAUGAACGAUUUGCGAAGUUUAGAUUCUAUUACGUGUGAAAUUACGUUGAACAGCUGGUCUUGUGAAUCCUUUGUGUCUCUUUUCUGUUUUUACUUUUGUUCUAUAUUAAUCUUUCAUCGUUUUCAGACGUGGAGUGUACGAUUUGCUCGCAGAAACCAACCCAAGCUUUGCAGUGCAAGUCCUGCCAGCAAUGGGUCGGAUGCGUACCAUGUGUCGUUGGAUGGUUGGGCACGUGCAGAAAGAACAAAACCCCAGCCACAUGCCCCCUUUGCAGAAGUUCUUGGAAAAACUUCCAAACAAAGGUAUUAGCAAACCACGUUUAAAAUCUUCUAUUGUUUUAGUAA